AUGGACGUCGGGUCCACCGUCGCAUCCAUCGAGCGCGCGGUGGACGCCCGGCGCCACUUCUUCCUAUCGAACCUCGCGACGCUCAGCAUGAAGAUGGCCAGGCGCAUGAUCGAGGGCGAUCUCGGGUUGGCACCCAAGGCGCUCGACGCGGCGCCGUUCAAGGUUCGCGUCACGGAGCUGGUGGACGCCGUCCUCGCCGCCGGUGACGGCGCGAACAAGGAGAACACGCACGCCGUGAAGGUGGAGAAGCCCGCGAGGCCCAAGACCGAGCCCGAGGCGGCGAAGCGCAAGGAGGCCGCCGCGGCGAAGAAACCCAAGCGCAAGAACGUCAUCGACUCGUCCGAUGAAGACGACGACGACGACGACGAGGCGUCGAUGGGUGGCGAUGCGUCCGAGGAGGAGGCCGACUACGACGAUUCGGACUCUGAUGGAUCCGACGACGGCUCCGACGACGGCUCCGACGGCUCCGACGACGACUCCGCCGUCCCGUCCGAUUCGGACGACGCCCCGAAGAAGAAGGGAAAAAAAACCGCCAAGAAAUCCAAGCCAACCAAGGCCGCUCGCGAGCCCAAACCCAAGCCCAAACCCAAGCCCGCGGCCAAGCCGAUCACCGGCAUCGUCGCCAAGCUCCGCGACCAGUGCAAAAAGGCGGGCCUGACCUACCAGCACGUCUUCAUGAAGCGAAAGGACGACGCCGGCCGAACCGAACUCCUCGAGCGCAUCCUCGCCGACGCCGGUUUAUCGCUCCGGUCCGACGCGUCCGAGGUGGCGAAGGUUCGCAGACGCGUGGAGCGCGAGAAGGACCUCGACGGCAUCGACGCCGGUGCCAUCAUCGAGGGCGGACGCGGGCGACGCGCGGCGAGGGCCAACGGCUGGGGCGAGAAGAUCGACUACGCCAAACUGAACGGGAAGGGCGCGCGCGAGAAGUUCGGCAGCGACGACGACACCACCGAGGACGAAAGCUCGGACGACGAGGACGACGACGACGACGACGUCACCGACGUGGAGGUGGCGGUGACCAGCGACGAGGACGACGACGGCGACGACGACGGAGAGGAGGAGGAGGAGGAGGAGGAGGAGGAGGAGGAGGUGGCGCCGAUGAAAAAGCCCAAACACGCGUCGGCGGAGAAGAGAAAAGCCCCGGACGCUUCCCGAGACGCGAACGCGAAACCCGCGCCGCCGCCGGUCAAGGCGUUGAAGCUGGAGAGGAGAAUCGCGUCGCCGUCGCCGUCGCCGACGCCCGCGAAGCGCCCGGAGUCCGCGAAGCCCCGCGUCUCGGAGAUCGGAGUCGUCCCGGGGGAUGUAUUUUUUGACUCGUCGGAUGACGACGUCGAUCCGCCCCCCGCGCCGAGGAGCGGCGACGAGGGAAAGGAGGCGCCCGGCGAGAAGAGGAGCCCGACGCGCCCGGAUCCAGCGCCGGCGAAGAAGCCGGCGAGGACCGUGCGACCCGGCGGCGUCCUUUGGUCCGACUCGGACGAGGACUGA